AUGCUUUCAGCGUCGUCACCUAUCACUUUACCUCACUCUCCACCGCCGGCCAAACGAGCCAAACCCCACGAUCAUAGCCCUCCUAAACCGAAAGCUCGAGGUCCAUUCCUUGUUGAGGACGACGAUUCCGAUUCGGACAGCAAUGGCGAACCUACUGACUCUGCUCGUGUGGCGAAACGUCUAAUGACCGAGGAUCCACGAGAGAAGCCUUCAGAUACCAUCGCACAAGACCAAACAACAACUAUUGAUCUAGUUGAUGAGGAAGAACCCCCAAACACUCCCAAUGUGCGAGCUCAAGAACCAACACGACUGAGCCAAAGACCAAUCUUCACCACGCCGAUUUUCAGUAAUCUUGUGCCGCAAUCUUUCAAGGCAACAACAUGCAACGGUAAAUCCGUCACAAUCAAGGAGCGAAGGGCCAACUGUGCGCCAACAUAUGAGUCCAUGAUCGCAGCUCGAUCGAAAACGAAAGAAGGACGAGCGAAACGAAGCUACUACGGCGUUGAUAUUCAUAAUCUCAUGAGCGCUGCAUCUGCAGAGAUCGCAAGUCAGAAACAAACGCAGCCGCAAAGGCCCAAUGUGCCUGUUCAAUCGGUCGAGCCACGGCUGUCGAACAGCAAAAAGCCCAAAAGAACUCGCUUAUGGACGGAGAAAUACCGAGCAAGGAGCUUUAUGGAUCUGUGUGGUAACGAUAAUACCAACAGAAGGGUAUUGGGAUGGUUGAAAAAGUGGGACCCCGUGGUGUUCCCCGGAGCAGCAAAGUCAAGACCUGUGAUAGCCAGACGACCAGGUGCUCAGCAACCAGAAGAGGAGGAAAAGCCUCAUAGAAAGAUCUUGCUGCUCACAGGACCUCCGGGACUGGGAAAGACAACGUUGGCACACGUGUGUGCGAGACAAGCAGGCUACGAGGUUAUGGAAAUCAACGCCAGUGAUGACCGAAGUCGCGAUGUCGUCAAAAAUCGUAUCCGCACAAGCUUGGGAACAGAGAGUGUCAAAACUGUCAGUAACCGCAAGGACGGAGACGGCCCUCCGAAAUUGGCUAAACCAGCAUGUGUCGUGGUGGAUGAAGUGGAUGGCGUUGUAUCUGGUUCAGGGGGGUCAGGUGAAGGUGGUUUUGUCAAAGCACUGAUAGAUCUUGUUCUCCUGGACCAGAAGAAUGCGUCAGGUGCCACCACAGAAAAUUAUGGGCGAAAGAAGAAGAAGGGUGACGACUUUCGACUGCUCCGGCCCCUGAUUCUCAUUUGUAAUGAUGUUUACGCGCCAGCGCUUCGACCACUCCGGCAUUCCAAUUUGGCUGAGAUUAUUCACGUUGGCAAACCCACUAUGGAGUCGGUGGUUACCAGGCUCAAGAAUAUUUUUGAAAAGGAAGGUAUCCCUUGCGAGAAAGACGCUGCACGAAAGUUGUGUGAGGCGGCCUGGGGUAUGACGAGCGGCAUUGACGCUAGACGAGGAGCUGAGAGCACAGUGGAGGGUGACCUCCGAGGUGUCAUGGUCGUUGGUGAAUGGGUAGCGGGACGAUUUCGCGCAUCAAAUCUGAAAGGAAAAGGCCCUCUCACGCGGCAAUGGCUGGAGCGCAAUGUCCUUCAAGACCUAACCAGCGGCGCUGGUGGUGCUCGAGGUCUUGGCCGAGGUGGUGUCAAGGACAUUGUUGCACGCCUCUUCCAAGAAGGAGGCGGCUUUCCAAAGCAAGCAAUGGAUCUGUCUCAAUCCAAAACACAGCAUGAGCAACCGCAGGCUGAGCUGGGUUUCGGCGAGUAUCAAAAGAAGCAUGCCAUGGAAAGACUUCGGCAAAUGAUUGAUACAAGCGGCGAAAUCAGCCAUAUCAUGACGGAAGUUUUUACCGAAUACCCAAAUCGCGAGUUCAACGAUGAUCUGUACCUUACCAAGCCUAAUCAAGCAUACGAAUGGCUGCACUUCCACGACACAUGUCAGUCACGGCUUUAUGCUAGCCAGGAGUGGGAAUUGGCACAAUACCUCAGCCAGCCCGUUCUAGCUUGCCAUCACCUUUUCGCAUCCCCCAAGCGCUAUCUUCCCAGCAUGGGCUACGAUCGCCGCUGGGGUGGUGAUGCGGAGGAUAACUCUGCGCAUCCACUGCCAUUCUCUGGUUCUCGAGCUGACUACCAAGCUUUCGAAGCAGAGCGUCAGAAUAGGACUCAGCUCCAGGCUUUGCAGGGACAGCUCCCACCGACACUGAUGCGUUCGUUCCGCAGCGCUGAAGAUGUUGCCGCCGAGUUCCUCCCUUAUCUUGCACGUAUUGUCUCUCCGGACGUCAAGCCCGUUGUGGUGGGUGGUAGUCAAGGAUCCACGGCUAGCGUACGCAGGGAAAGCGAACGUGCCAUGGUCAAACGUGCAGCUGAUGUUCUUGCCGAUGUUGGUAUCGAGCUGCAGAAGGGAAGAAUUGAGAGUGAGUCGCUCACCAAUCGGACACCACAAUAUGUGGAUCUUGAUGUUCUGGCCACGUUCGAAACAGCUGCAUCACUUCUUCUACCCUCGGCAGCACCUACACGAUAUGCUGUUCGUCAAGUUCUCGACCAAGAACUGAAGCGAACAUUAGUGGAACGGGAAGCUCGCGCUCGACAGUCCCGCUUCAAAGCAGGCAACCCACUUGGACACGCUGAACACCUCAGCACAGACAAGAUUAUGGCUUCCAAGAAACAUGCACUCGAAGCAUCAUUUCAGGAGACUACACUCAUCAAGCGUGAUUUCUUCGGCCGAAUCAUAGAGGCGCGGCCGCUAGCUGAGAUGACAAAGAAUACUCCCGAGCAGCAAGCUAAGCAGGACGAAAAGGAGCGCAAGGUGUGGGUGACGUAUCAUGAAGGAUUGAAUAACGCUGUGAGAAAACCAAUGUCUUUGCAAGAAUUUAUGAGAGGAUUGUAA